CCCAACCCCUUGGCCACCCCGCACCGCCCCCUCACCGCCGCCGCCCUCCCCGGAACGACGAACGCCGGCGGGGCGAUCGGGACACAAGGCCUCUCUGUGGCGGCGAUCGCGGGGCCGUCGUACCGCGCCGCCGCUCCAUACACCGGAGAGGCGGAGGCCAUGUCGGGGGGCGCACGGCCGGCGGCCUCGCAGCAGAUCGUGCAGUCGCUGCAGCGGUGCGCGUUGCUCCCGCCGGUGGGUCCGCCCUUUGCGGACGCGCUCGGCGACUACCACCGGUUCCCCCGGCCGUCGUCGUCGCCCGCCGCGGCGGCGGCUGCGGCGGCACCCCUGGCCGGCGGUCGCGGGGGCAUUGAGGAGGGGAUCGUACUCAGGGCGCCGGUCAGUCGGCUCUCGCCGGUGCGUCCGCCCUUCGCUUCCGCUCCCGGUGACUACCACAGGUUCCCCCGGCCGUCGUCCCCUGCCGCGGCGGCAGCACCCCUGGCCGGCGGCCGCGGGGGCAUCGAGGAGGGGAUUGUCGCCAGGACGCCGCUAAAAAGAAAAGCUCCCUAUGAAGGAAGUGGUAUUGCUGAGUCACUCGAAUUGGUUAUGACCAGUCAUGGCUUCAAUGGAGGAGUUGGCACUCCACUGGGGGCCCCAGUGUCUGGAAAAUCAGCAAGGACAUACAAGUCAAAGGCUAAAUGCUGCAAAGCUGAACCUCAGACACCUAUAUCAAAUGCUGGUUCACCUGGCAAUCCACCUACUCCAGCUGUUCCUUGCCGCUAUGACAGUUCACUAGCACUAUUGACCAGAAAGUUCGUCAGUCUGCUCAAGCAGGUUCAAGAUGGAAUUCUAGAUUUGAAUAGCACUGCAGAGAAGUUACAUGUUCAGAAAAGGCGCAUGUAUGACAUUACGAAUGUCCUUGAGGGAAUUGGUUUGAUAGAAAAGAAGUCGAAGAACAGAAUCCAUUGGAAGGGUUUGGAUGAAUCAGGAACUAACUUGGAUAAUGCUCUUUCAGUUCUGAAGAAUGAAGUUGAAAAUCUUAAUCUCCAGGAGCAAGCAUUGGAUGAACAUAUAAGUGAAAUGCGAAAGAAGCUAGAGACGUUAACUGAAGAUGAAAACAGACAGAGGUGGCUAUUUCUUACCGAAGAUGACAUCAAGGGAUUGCCAUGCUUUCAGAACCAAACUCUAAUUGCAAUAAAAGCACCUCAUGGGACUUCUGUUGAAGUACCCAAUCCUGAUUUGAUGGCUGUUGAGAGCUUUCAAAGGAGAUAUAGAAUAAUAAUACGGAGCGCAAUGGGCCCAGUUGAUCUCUACUUGGUUAGUAACUUUGAGGAGAAAUUGGAGGGAAAGCUGGAUGACAUUGCGACACUGGCAAGUCACACAUAUUUUGCAAAAUGUGCUGCUUCUGUGAAAGGCCCCAGAACAAAAAGAGCACAAAGGAAUAGAAAGGAGGCGGUGCUUAAUGCUCAGCAGAUCCAUAAAACUCCUGAUCUGAAUGCUCCAUGUCCUUCUGAAGGAGUAUUGAGGAAGAUUUUACCUAAAGAUGUUGAUAGUGAUGCAGACUACUGGUUGCUUACAGAUGAUGAUGUUAGCAUUACUGAUAUGUGGAGAACAGCACCAGCAGAAAUGGAGUGGGAUCAGAUAGACCCCAAUGAUUUCUUAGCUGAAGAGGUGAGCACCCCAGGCCCAGGGACACUCAAUCAGCAGCCAGAUGCAAAUGGUGAACCUACAGCUGACGGCCCUAACCAUGGGUAAACAAGAAGAUAAUACCACGCUGGACAUUUUGGAACAACCUGAACUCAUUUUCCUCACGUCCCACACACUCAGCGAAGAGGCAGGCUUGCAGCGGCCGAGAUGCACAUGCUGAGAUAGGCCUUUUGUUGUGGACUAGCGGUGGUGUGUCUGGUAACUUAUACAGCGUAUCGGUGGCAUGGAUGCACGACGAUGCUCCAGCCAGUCGGGCAAACUGAAGCUCUGGUUACGCAGGCGCCUCCAACUUGUAGGGUAGGUCAGGUUUAUGGCAAUCCGAUUCUGCCUUGAAAUGGUGCCACAAUUUUGUGUACAUAUUCUGUCUAGGCUGGCUAGAUGUGUAGAGAGGUAUAAUUCAUGAGUAACUUACUGUUAUGUGUCUAGCAUCGUUUGCAAAUUCCAUGCUGAGAAGUGUAAAGACAUUGCUUAAACUCUAAAGCAGCUGUACUACCAGCUUCCAGAUUUAAAACGCUCCAGUCAGCAUUCAUGA